AUGGCGGACGCGUACUGGCGGUACGCCGACCUCCAGCGCCAGCAGCAGCAGCAGCAGAUGCUUCCCCCCUCUGCCGGGGCCCCGCAGUCGUCGCUGGCCGCGGCGGCCGCCGCAGUGCAGCAGCCCCUCAAGCGCCCCCGCCCCGGCGACUACUCCGCCGAUGGACAUGGUGCUCCUGAGAUGGCGGGCUAUUACCCUCGUGAUGAAGAAAGGCCAGGAUAUGCUGCCGUGAGAGAUACACAGGCUCUUAAUGCUUCCUAUGAGCGUUUUCUGCGUACUGGGCAAAUUCAGUCCUAUGGCGCUGGACCUGCUGGUGGAUCUGUCAGGCCUACCGCGGGAGCCAGUGCUGGUGGCUACCAAGCUGAUGAUCGUCCGGGCAUGGCUGCUGGGGGUAUGAAUGGCAGGAAUGUUGGUUUUGGUGGUGGAAUGCCAGAGCCUCCCCUUCCCCCAGAUGCCUCAAACACCUUGUUCAUUGAAGGCAUCCCUCCUGAUUGUGAACGCCGAGAAGUUUCUCAUAUCUUUCGACCAUUUGUUGGUUUUCAGGAGGUGAGACUUGUAAACAAAGAACCAAGACAUCCUGGUGGUGACCCAAUCGUCCUCUGUUUUGUUGAUUUCACUAAUGCUUCUCAAGCAGCUAUUGCCAUGGAAGCUUUGCAAGGCUAUAAGUUUGAUGAACAUGACCGCAGCUCACCUCAGCUGCGGCUGCAGUUUGCUCGUUUUAAGGGUCCAAGGGGGCAAGCAGGAGGACCUGGUGGUGGUGGUGGCGGCGGCGGCGGCGGCGGUAUUAGGCGUUAA